ACAUAUUUCAUGGACUCGUAAUUCAGUGAAGUUAUCCCCUGAGUUUGAGGUGUUACCCAGUUGAAUUUCAAGUCAUACCUGCUAAUAUUAUUGUUGGCCAGCUGUCUGUUUGGGAUCCGUGGCAAUUGCGUCACAAACGAUGCUAGCAGCACUCCAGAGGACGCUUCAAAGCAUUUAUACUUCCACACAACCUCCACGGCUAACCAAAUUUAUGCUUCUUCCCCCUAAGAAUGUGAAGGUGGAAUUUGCUGAUACGAGUGCAUUCAAUCUGUCGGCUGAGUUUCUUAGAACACAUAGCCCUGCUGCUGACAGCAAAAUUAGGUCUGUGGGAGGUGAAAAGGUAAUAUUUGGGCGACGUCAUGUGGGGAUCAUGUCUGCAGAAGCUGUAGGAAACUAUGGAGUGAGAAUAGUUUUCGAUGACUUGCAUAAAACAGGUAUCUAUACAUGGGAUUAUUUGUACCAUCUUGGAAGCAAUAAGUUUACCCUAAUGAGGAAUUACAUUAAGACCCUGAAGAAGCAUGGCCUUAGCCGGGAUCCGUCAAGGAGAAAAUGAUUGAGGAAUUUU